AUGCAUGGCACAGUCUUGUCCAUAGUCCGCGUAAGAACGUUUUCUAUGAAGUUCCCAGUAUUAGCGUUGGUUGCCUUGGCAGCUGUCGCAGCUUCAGUCGACAAUAAAAAUUGCAGAUGUCCAAAACCGCUUCGGUGCCACAUUCGGCCACGGAUUUGUCGCCCCUGUCCUGCUUGCCACUGUGCUUGUAGCUGUCAGAAUAGUAAAGAACGUUUCGGGCAUUGUGAAGAUGGCUGGACGUACUAUAAAAAGACUGAUGCUUGCUAUAAGGUAUACCAUUGGAAAAACUUUGACGAUGCUGAGUAUUUUUGCCAGAGAAAAGCGGGACAUUUGGUUUCUAUUCACAGCAUUGAAGAAAAUAAGUUUGUGACCGAAUUGGCAGAGACGGGAGUCAAGGGAGAUACACACACAAAAGCUACUUGGAUAGGACUGAAACAAGCUGAUUGGCCAAAAAGCAAGGAAUGGACUUGGACAGAUGGCACAAAAGUUGAUUAUUCACCGCCAUGGGCUCCAAACCAGCCAGAUAACCAUGGGGAGGAGCACUGCACACAGCUCUUCAGUGACAUCAUGGCUCACAAGGACCAUGAUUAUCAGAAGUGGAAUGACUGUCAUUGCAGGGAUUCAAUGAGGGCAUUUGUGUGCAAGAAAAAAGCGCUCCACUAACACGUAUCCGCAUGCAUUUGUUUGUUUUCUUGGAUUAACGA